AUGAAUCCUCACGAACAUCUCUUAUCACGAACCGUGAAAAAUAGUCCACAACAUUUAACAAGACGUCAAAGAACGCACUGUUUGAAAGCUGAUCAAAAAGCCCAGUACAAUCAACAAUUACUUUCAACUUUAAAUCUUCUUCAUUGGCCUGAAUCACACUAUGAUUCACCAAUCCACAUUCAUCAUCGAACCUCCACAUCUCGUCUUUAUGGAAUCCUCCAGAAAAUUUCGAAUGUUCAUUUAUAUACGAUUGAUACGGAGUCGGGUAAACCUACUCGAAUUCACCCCCAUUCAAUAUCAGCAAUUAUUCACAUACAAGCCAUUCAUGAUGAACAUUGGACCACAAUCAUUAUUAUUGAACUCAUCACUUGGGGUGAUCUCGUGAAGAAAUUACAUCCCUUCCAACAAUUUAAUCUUUUCGAUAUCUCUCAAGUUACAAACACAUUUAACCUCCAGGAUUAUUUUGCUCAACAAUGGAAUACAGCACAUCCACAUACAGCUGAUUGUUUAGCUCGUCAUCAACCUAUCAUUGAAGAAUCAAUUUCCGAUGAUUUUCUGGUGUGUUUGGUGAAUUCAGAUGAUUUUGAUGAUGAAUUUGAUCCUACACAUCCUAUUGAUGACUAUAAUACUUGUAUUUGUCCUAGUGAAAUUCGUCCUUAUAAAACUAAACAGGCCUUAUGGUCCUUGCCAAAGGCAGUUGAAUUUACAUUUGAUUUAUAUUUAGAUAAGCCAAUUAAUAUGACCAAUUGGUCCUGUGGACUUGACUUAUAUUUACAUACGUGUCGUCUUGAUACAGAUAAACGUAUUCGUCAAGCUCUAGUUUAUUACGCUAUCAGUGAUCUUUUCGCUUCCACUCAUUUAUAUUUUCACUUUAACAUUCGCUCUACACCAUCUGAUCCUUUAACAUAUCCUAUUAGCGUAAACAACAUUCAACCUAAUCAAUUACACGCUCCAGCGAUGUUUUUUAUUAUCACCGAUAGUCAUGGCAAAUAUUUUCCACCAAUUAUUCAAACACCAUCCUAUAAACUAAUUACUUACUCUAUCUCCGGGUUACAGUGGGUAAACACCUAUAACACUAAAUUAUGUACUCGACCGUUGCUGCUCUCCUCAUCUAUAACAUCUAUUUUAUCUUCGUGUACAGGAGUUUUGUUCCUCAUUGGAACUAAUUCCGUUCGUAAUACCUUAGCGUUACAAAUUAUAACUCAAAUUGAAGACAUAAUUUCUCUGCUGCGAUCUCAUCAUCCUCAUCUUUUACAUAAAACCGACAUAACAGUCGCCACCGUUUUCCCCUGCUAUAAACCAUCGUUCCGAUUUCAAACACAUUCGUUGUUACCGUCUAACAUAAAUAACUACAAUGAACUUCUAAAGAAUUUAUCAAGUCUACGUAAUUUUUCUAUUCUUGAUCUUCCAAUCAACGGUGACCAUCUGGGUCAUGAUGGAAUGCAUCUUGAUUCCAUAGAUAUUUCAUAUCUAAGUAAUACCAUUCAAGAAUACGUUCACGACUUGAUGAGUAAACGAAUCACACCCGUAAAGUCUCUAAGUCGUUCACGGACAGCACUAAAUCGUCGUAAUAAGAAACGUCAUGAGAAACUAAAACAAAAACAAAAGACUCAUGUCGUAAUUCGACAUAUCGAUCGAAUAUGGCCUUUAAAAUACAUAAAAGCUUAUCUAAUGUAUAAAAACAUUAAAUAUAAUCGGUUACCCGAAAUUUGGCAACAAAAACUUUGUAUUCAGUUUACUAAUCCUGUUCAUCGAGAACACGCUGAAAAAACAUUGACUAUUAAUGAUUUCGAUGAACAUAGUUAUUCUGAAUGGUGUUCACAAGUAGACCUACGACAGUUCCAUAUUAGUUCCGAUCUUCGGAACUGUCUCACAAGUUCUUUGAUCGGAACUGAACUGUCUGAACAGUUUUUUGCUCGGAACUGA